AUGACCGACGCUGCCACGAACGAUCCUCAAAUCCAUUUGACGGAGAUCGACGUCGACCUAGAUGUCCAAGAAAUCCUCCUCGCUGCGUCUCAACAUGAUAUCGCUAAACUCCGCCGUCUUUGUCGCACAGAAUCAUCGCUGCCCGACGCGGCAAAUGUGAAAGAUUCAGAGACAGGCUAUACACCUCUUCACGCAGCCAUUGCGGCCUGCGAGGCGGACGAAGAUGAGACGACGAAUGUUGAUGCAUCAAGAUUGGACAAGAGCUUGUUGAAUUCUGCCGCAGAGACUGUGAGAUUCCUGCUACAGGAGGGCGCUAUCUGGAAUGAUCUCGAUAACAAGAAUGAGACACCCGGGUGCUUGGCGAGGCGCAUUGGGGCGUUUGAGCUGUACGAGUUGAUCGUGGACGCUGGUGUUCGCGCAGAGAUGCUGAUGAACCGGCUAGACGAGUACGACGUUCUCUCGGACGAUGAUGACGAGGAAGCGGAAGAGGGAGAGGGAGAUGCAGACAAGGGAACAGCACGAACGUCGGAAGACAGGCUGGCCGAAGACGACUCAGCGCCCGAGCUUGUGGAAGUCACGACAGAACAGACCAAUACAUCUGACAAUGCCCUGGUGAACCCAGAGGUAGAGAAUCGGGGCUAUCUUUCAUCAUCACUCUCAAUCAACAAUGAUCGCAUCCUCGAUUCUGACCACAACGGUGUGAUGAUGCGCUGGGAAAGCGAUAUCAUGCUCAAAUCCGCCAAGGCACUGCUUCCUCGUCCCGGUCUCAAAGUGCUCAACAUCGGACACGGAAUGGGUAUCGUGGAUGGCUUCUUCCAAGAUCAAGCCCCCGCCGAGCAUCAUAUCGUGGAGGCUCAUCCCUCCGUAUUGGCCGACAUGAAAGCGAAAGGGUGGGAUACCAAGUCCGGCGUGACUAUUCACCAAGGGCGUUGGCAAGACGUUCUUCCGGGUCUGGUCGCAGAGGGUGCCACAUUUGACGCGAUCUACUAUGAUACUUUUGCCGAGUCAUACGCUGAUUUUAGGGAGUUUUUCUCUGAGCAAGUCAUCGGUUUGCUUGAGCAAGAGGGCAAGUGGGGAUUCUUCAACGGAAUGGGCGCUGACCGUCAAAUUUCCUACGAUGUGUAUCAAAAGGUCGCUGAGAUGGACUUGUUUGAAGCUGGUUUUGAUGUUGAAUGGGAGGAUAUCCCUGUACCCAAACUUGAGGGUGAGUGGGAAGGUGUAAGACGGGCAUACUGGGUUGUCGAUAAUUAUCGAUUGCCGCUGUGUCGCUUCAUGGAUUAA